AUGUGUGACGAAGAAGUGGCAGCUCUAGUGGUGGAUAAUGGAUCCGGAAUGUGCAAGGCUGGCUUUGCUGGAGAUGAUGCUCCGCGUGCCGUUUUCCCUUCAAUUGUUGGCCGUCCUCGUCAUCAAGGUGUCAUGGUUGGAAUGGGACAAAAGGAUUCGUAUGUUGGAGAUGAAGCUCAAUCCAAGAGGGGUAUUCUCACAUUGAAGUACCCAAUUGAACACGGCAUUGUCACCAAUUGGGAUGAUAUGGAAAAGAUUUGGCAUCACACUUUCUACAAUGAACUCCGUGUGGCCCCUGAGGAACACCCAGUACUCUUGACCGAGGCCCCACUCAACCCAAAGGCCAACAGGGAAAAGAUGACCCAGAUCAUGUUCGAGACCUUCAACUCGCCAGCCAUGUAUGUCGCCAUUCAAGCCGUUCUCUCGCUUUAUGCCUCCGGACGUACCACUGGUAUCGUUCUCGACUCGGGCGAUGGUGUCACCCAUACUGUUCCCAUUUAUGAGGGUUACGCUCUUCCACACGCCAUUCUCCGUGUCGAUUUGGCUGGCCGAGAUUUGACCGAUUAUUUGAUGAAGAUCCUCACUGAGCGUGGCUACUCCUUCACAACGACCGCUGAACGUGAAAUUGUUCGUGACAUCAAGGAGAAAUUGUGCUAUGUUGCAUUGGAUUUCGAGCAAGAAAUGGCCACUGCCGCCUCGUCGUCCUCUUUGGAGAAAUCGUAUGAACUUCCCGACGGACAAGUGAUCACCGUGGGCAAUGAGCGUUUCCGUUGUCCCGAGGCCAUGUUCCAGCCCUCCUUCUUGGGUAUGGAAUCGGCGGGUGUUCACGAAUCGGUGUACAACUCAAUCAUGAAAUGCGAUAUUGACAUCAGAAAAGAUUUGUACGCGAACAACGUUUUGUCUGGUGGAACGACGAUGUAUCCAGGAAUCGCCGACAGAAUGCAAAAGGAGAUCACCGCUUUGGCUCCGAGCACAAUGAAGAUCAAGAUCAUCGCCCCGCCAGAGAGGAAAUAUUCGGUUUGGAUCGGUGGCUCGAUUCUCGCCUCUCUUUCCACCUUCCAACAAAUGUGGAUCUCGAAGGCCGAAUACGACGAGUCCGGCCCAUCAAUCGUCCACCGCAAGUGCUUC